GCCAAUGAAGGACAACUAAUCAACUAGGGGGAAAACUCCGUAUCUUCAUGCGAAAUCUGCGACGUUUACUGCAUGUUUAAAUUUGCUGCACUUAAAUCCAACGCAAAUUCACAAGCCACGACUGCCAUCCCUUCAAAUUCUAAUUUUACUUCCACACUUCUAAUACGCAAAACAAUGAAAAUCCCAUUUUGUUGUGCAAGUAAGACAGGGCGCAUAUACAAUGGCUGAUUCACCCAAGGACAAGACUCGUCCUCAUUCUCCUUUAAAAACCAAACUUGUACGUCCGCAAAAAGUCACUCAAUCCUCUCCAACAGAUUCAAGACCACAAGAUAUCCCUGAAGAUUCAGAGCCAUCAUUACCACCGCGGGACAAUGCGCCUCCUUCGCGCAGUCAUACCCCCGGACAUCUAUCAACUAAAAGUCAAGAUAGGCGGAAACAAAAGUCUGAUUUAUCAUUGCGCCAGAGAUCACAAUCAUUGUCGCAGAAGGAAUCCUCCACUUCAUCCAUCAAAUCAACGACCGCGAAACCACCUUCUAUCCAUUAUGGUAGCAGUACAUCCAAUCCUUCAGAGAUCAUGUCACCACCCGAUAGUGGUAACCCAGUUCCUCAACUUCCAAAAGAAGAUGCCCAUAGACCCGUUAAUCUUCGUUCCACGUCUGCCAUAGCACCAAAAGCUCCUUCCUCUGCACACUCUUCUUCUCCUGUACCACCUGUACAACGCCCGCCUCGUGGACUUUCCAUUCCGUACCCUUCAUUACCAGACCCUAAAUUGGCUCCCAAUGUUCUUCCUGCACCAGCUUCAGGAAUGUACUGGUCUCGUGCCCCUGUCUCUGGUUCGUCCCAUACGUCUUUACGGGCACAUACUUCCACACUUAUUGGUUCCAAUAUCUACGUCUUUGGCGGAUGUGAUGCACGUUCAUGUUUCAACGAACUAUAUGUCUUAGAUGCCGAUGCUUUCUAUUGGUCUACGCCUUUUGUCUGCGGAGAAAUACCUGCCCCUUUACGAGCAAUGACAUGCACGGCUGUGGGAAAGAAGCUUAUAGUGUUUGGUGGUGGAGACGGACCUGCAUAUUAUAACGACAUUUAUGUUCUCGACACACUGAACUUUCGAUGGUCGAAACCGCGGAUAUCCGGGGAUAAGAUACCAAGCAAACGAAGAGCACACACGGCAUGUUUAUACAAGAAUGGCAUAUAUGUCUUCGGCGGCGGUGAUGGAGUACGAGCGUUAAAUGACGUAUGGAGGUUAGAUGUCGCGGAUACCAAUAAGAUGUCUUGGAAACUCGUUUCUCCUCCAACACCAUCAUCUGUAGACGAUAAAACCAAACCAAAAGCCCGUGGAUAUCAUACCGCAAACAUCGUCGGAUCUAAGCUUAUUAUAUUUGGUGGAUCUGAUGGUGGAGAAUGCUUCCGAGAUGUAUGGGUAUUCGACAUUGAGACUUCGACUUUCUCUGCAGUCAAUAUUCCAGUUUCAUUUCCUCGGUUAAGCCAUACAGCUACGAUUGUCGGAAGUUAUCUUUUUGUAAUAGGUGGCCAUGAUGGCGUUGAGUACUCGAACGAAGUACUUCUCCUAAACCUCGUCACGAUGGCUUGGGAUAAGCGGAAAGUCUACGGAGAGCCCAUAAAAGCUCGCGGUUAUCAUGGGACAGUGCUUCACGACAGCAGACUCAUCGUGAUAGGAGGUUUUGAUGGUGGGGAUGUGUUUGGAGAUGUGUGUGUGUUAGAAUUGGCAGUGCAUGCGUAUUAUAGUCAAAUCAGUCAUUUUAGCAUCGAUGUUUAGCGGUAGAGUUGGAAAGGGGGAGCGGAAAGGAAAAGGUGUUCGUGGAUUGGUCUUUGUCUUGCGAGCGUACGAACGAACGAUUUCAUGAAAUCUGUAUGAUUAGUAUAAUAAGAUAGUUAUCGAUUAUCAUUUCACUCCUA